AUGUCGUCCUCCACCUUCCCGCCCAUCAACGGCAUGUUCCCGCGCUACUACGACCUCCUCGAAGUCCACCAAAACGCGGCCAAACAGGAAAUCAUAUCCUCCUGGCGCCAUCUCCAGCUCCGAAACCACCCAGACAAGGCAGGAAAUGCUCCAGAACAGGUCGAGAAAGCAGCAGCAAUCAACCACGCCAAAGACAUCCUCACCGACAACGUCCAACGCGCAGAAUACGAUCGCGAACUCGCCGCAGAAGAAGCACGAAUCGCAGCAGCAGCCGCUGCCGCAGAACGACAAGCAGAAUGGGCCGCAGCAGCAGCAGAAGCAGAUGCACGAAGUCGUGGUUUUGGUUCUACCACGAAUUUUGGUUUCAAUUUCGGCUAUGAGGAGGCCUCUGAGCCUCUGUUUCCACAACCCACCACGAACGACGAGAACAGCAACACCGCCGAAGACAUCCCACCACGCUCCGAUUCCGCCUCCCCAGGCUGCACCCGCGUCCUCGCUUCCUGUCCGACCCACGCUCACAUUCCUCCAUAUUCGCCGCAUCUCUCUGAUCGCGCUUUCGGGAAUCCAGAUUACAUCGACCGCAGCACAGGAACAGCAAUCCCAUUCCAGCAUUUCUCCCCUCCUGCUUCCGCCUACACGGCCGAAUUUCCGCAUAAUGGCACGAAGCCCACCUCAGCGGGUUGGUUUGCGGCGCGUUCUGGUUGUUGGAAACUUCACCUCGAGCAUCAGAAAGCAGUCGAUUUGGCGGUAGAGUGCUGCGAUCACGCCGUCCUCCUCUCCCAACGCGUCGUUGCGCUCCGCAGCGAGCUGAUAUUCUUGGAAGUGCGCGAGGGGCUGGAGCGGCGUACAGCCGCUACGUACUUGGUAGUAGAGCUCUGCCACUGGGCAGCAGCAGGCUACAAAUACGCCAAAAACAGCAUCGAUGGGAGCGUGAGAAUGCGCGUGGAGGACGCUGUUCCGGUGUUGUGGGCCGUGCACGAGCAAUUGCUCGCGCUGGGGAUGUGUUUGCGGCAGGCUCUGACCGCUGUCAACGGGUACUUGGCUGAUAUGGAUGGGGAGUGGUUGAGGGGGUUUUUGGACGGAUGGGACGCGUUGGUUGUUGUGCCGGAGGUUUUGCGGGAGGGGUGGAAGGAUGUGUGGGAGCGGGGACGCGUUGAUGGGCUGGAAGGGGCGAAUUGGAGGCGGAGUGAGUGGGAGGGAUGGCCUGUGGGGGGCUUGGUGGUGAGGCGGAUGGAGGGAUAG